AUGUUUUUGGGAGCGAUAAACGAUCUAUACCUGGCGCAUUGGGACGCCAUUGCCACCAAGCUAAAAGGGCCCUCCACUCAUGAGCAAAUUGACGGAAAGAGCCUUGACUUGGCCAGUGUAAUCGCAAUUGCGAGAUAUGGAAUACCGUCCCAGUUGUCGGAUCACAGCAUCGAUGCUAUCGUCAAGAGUGCCGAGAUGGUCUCACAGAGUAUCGACAGAGGAGAGGUCGUAUAUGGUGAGACCCGUCUUUAUCAAUUCCGACUUUCAAUUUUUGAAGCUUACAUUAUCCCAGGCGUCAACACUGGUUUCGGUGGGAGUGCCAACACACGAACGAAUGAAGUUGAAGAGCUCCAGUCGAACCUUAUUCGCAUGCUUCAAUACGGCAUCAUCGCAGAAGAGCGACCAGUCAAGGCUCCGGAGUCGCGAUAUGACACAGAUAUAAACGAUAUCAUCAGCCAGUCAGCCCUCUCUCUUGAUCACCCAGUAGCCGCAACAUCGAUGCCAGAGUCCUGGGUCAGAGCAGCCGUAUUGAUUCGGCUAAACUCUCUCGCUUCUGGUUUCUCUGGCAUUAAAGAAACAACAAUUCGCACUUUGCACCAGAUCCUAGAAGAAGGCAUCACGCCAUUGGUUCCCAUUAAGGGAAGCAUAUCCGCGUCUGGGGAUCUUAGCCCUCUGUCCUACAUCGCUGGUGUGCUUCAGGGUAAGCCGGGCUUGGACGUUUGGACCCGCAAUGCCAAUGGCGAGCGCUGCCUCAAGAGGGCUGACGUUGCACUCGCGGAGAAAGGUAUCAAGCCUGUCACUCUGGGCGCCAAGGAGGGUCUUGCGCUUGUCAACGGUACUGCCGUCUCUUGUGCAGUCGGAUCACUGGCAUUGCACGAUGCCAUGGGACAAGCCACUCUUUCUCAGAUUUUGACUGCCAUGAGUGUCGAAGCCCUUCUCGGCACCGACGAGAGCUUCGACUCAUUUUUCGGAGAGAUCCGGUCUCAUCCAGGUCAGGUUGAAACGGCGCAGAAUAUCCACGGUUUUCUUUCAAAGUCGUCGCUUGUCCAGCACAGCGACACGGAAGAGGGAGAGCUACGCCAAGACCGAUACUCGGUUCGAACGGCAUCGCAAUGGAUUGGUCCCGUCAUGGAGGAUUUGCAUUUGGCCCACCAGCAGAUCAGUAUUGAGAUGAAUUCGGUGACUGACAACCCUCUCGUUAACCCCGCCCAUGGCGGUAGGAUGAUGCACGGGGGGAACUUCCAGGCUCGUGCCGUCACCAGUGCGAUGGAGAAGACCCGCCAGUCACUUCAGACCAUCGGACGAAUGCUAUUCUCCCAGUGUGCAGAACUCAUUAACCCGGCAACCAAUCGUGGACUUCCACCGAAUCUCGUCGCUGAGGAACCAAGUCAAUCCUUCAUCUGGAAAGGUACCGAUAUUAUGAUCGCUGCCCUUCAGGCUGAACUUGGGUUUUUGGCCAAUCCGGUUGGCAGCCACGUUCAGACCGCAGAAAUGGGCAAUCAAUCCAUCAAUUCUCUGGCCCUCAUCUCCGGCCGAUAUACGUUGGAGGCCAUCGAGACGCUUUCACAGUUAUCCUCGGCGCACCUCGUUGCCUGCUGCCAGGCCUUGGAUCUUCGCGCAAUGUCCUGCAAGUACUUGAGAACGUUGGCUCCGAUCUUCAAGGAUAUGACCGGCGAGGCCUUCUCAAAAGAACUGAUUCUGCCUGAGAAUGCGGAGGUAUUCCUAUCUGCAAUUUGGGUUGCCUUUCAAAAGACACUCGACACGUACACUCACUUUGACUCGCCAAGGCGAUUUGCGGUUACUUUCGAAUCUCUCCAGCCACUUGUCCUCAAACACAUCAAGACCACCACGGAAACGAUAGGGGCUCUGCGGAUAUGGACAGACAAAUGCUGUGCCACUGCACUCGACAUCUUCCAAAUGAACCGAGAAGAAUACUAUGCCAACCCAGAUGCCACACCAUACAUUGGUAGUGCAUCCAGUCGUAUGUAUAAGUUUGUCCGCCAUGAACUUGGUGUGCCAUUCAUGAGCAAUAAAUUCAUCUCUGACCCAAUCGAUGGUGAAGACGACUUUACUUGGGGCGAGCCUAGUCAUGACUCCAAGAGAGGUGUGACUAUGGGCGGGAUUAUUGCCAAAGUAUACGAGUCCAUGCGAACCGGUCAACUUUACCACCAUGUCGCACUCUGUAUAUCCGAUGUCCAUGAAUACAGUAGUGCCGCAGAGAAGGCUCUCGCCGCCAACAAAGACGAAAAGACCCAAUUCCCCUACACCAUCACCAAGGCCAUGGAGUUGAACGGCUGGGGCGGUGGAAGCCCUAGAUCAGUGAGUGGUGAUGAGAAUAGCAAUGCUGCUCAAGCCCAGAACAUCAGCUCUAGUGCCACCGUUGUAGAUGAUACUUCGGAUCUGUCGAACACCGAGGCAGAGAUCAGCCCAGAGGCCAAGGAGGAAGUGGACAUGACUCCAGACAUGGCCUGGAUAGUUCAAUCUAUGGGCUUCGACGAUGAGAAUAGUCAGAUUUACUCUAUUGUUUAG